AUGAAGCCAAACCUCCUCCUCCUCGCAGCCAUCGUCGCUGCACCCGCAGUUCUCGCGCAAACAACAUCCGUCGCUGCUCCCACUACCCUUGCUACAACCACUUCGGCGACCUCAACGACGAGCACGACAUCCUCUGUCAAUAGUUGCUCUGCAAUUGCCUCGGUCGCUGCGCGUGGACUUGGUUACGGAAACCUGUUAUCGAAGCGGAAGAAGAAAAAGAAGAAGAAGAAGAAGCCUAAGAAGGAGAAGGAGGAUUCAUGUGAGAGUGAUACAAGUGGAGGAGUCCUGAGCAUGCGACCAAAAUCAACUUUUGCUCUUGUUGGUGCGGCUGUGGCUGUUGCUGUGGUUGCUCUGGGAUGA